UAAUCCCACUGCACGCCGAUGGUGCCAUCUAGUGGUAGAAGAUUAUUAAAACGACAGAACAACGGGUGGGGCCGUGUGAUACGUUCUUCGAGGCUCGAAGUUCCAAUUGGUCAAACGGCGUUGUCUGGUACAGCACCCUCGGCAGUGAUUGGCUCCCGCUAUUACUGCUCUGCUCUUGAUUGGCUCACGUUGUCACGUCGAACGUGAACGGAGGAAGUGGAUGACUCCGUCGGUUCCUGGCUGAGAGACUGAAGGGGCUGGGCCCACAGGGAGAGAAAUGGCUAGUUCGGUAAACCAGAACGGCUGUGAGGAAGAAACACAGAACCUGGAGCCGCAGGAACCGGGUCGCGCAGCGGCCAGGUGGGGACCACAACACGCCGGCGCCCGCGAACUGGCCGAUCUGUACUCUCCAGGCAAACGAUGUCAAGAAUGGAUCAGUGUCGUCCUCUGCUUCUCCCUCAUGGCCUUCAAUUUCAUUCACCUUCUCGCCAACUUCCAUUUUGGACAUUUGUGGCACAUUCCGUUGGGGAUUGUGGCAGGAAUACUCACGGCCGACUUUGCGUCAGGACUCGUCCACUGGGGGGCAGACACAUGGGGUUCCGUCGAUAUGCCAGUUUUUGGAAAGGCCUUCAUACGACCCUUCAGAGAGCAUCACAUCGACCCCACGGCCAUCACCCGACACGACUUCAUUGAGACCAACGGAGACAACUGCAUGCUGACCAUAGUUCCUCUCGUGAUCAUGGCCUUCAACUUCCUCACCCUCAGCCCUGCUGAGAUUUACCAUAUCUACCCCUGGUACUGCUACUUGUUUGCUCUUGCCAUCUUUGUGACCCUCACCAACCAGAUCCACAAGUGGUCGCACACGUACUUCGGCCUCCCCCGUUGGGUUGUGCUCCUGCAGGACUUGCACAUCAUCCUGCCUCGCAAACACCACCGCGUACAUCACGUCUCCCCACACGAGACGUACUUCUGCAUCACCACAGGUUGGCUGAACUACCCGCUGGAGAAGCUGGGAUUCUGGAGGAACAUUGAGGAUGUAAUCCAGAGUGUGACGGGAGAGAAGCCCAGAGCGGACGACCUGAAAUGGGCUCAAAAAGUCAAGUAACGCUGCAGACUAACUGGACCCUACCUCACAGG